CGUCUCCUCAUCUGGAGUGGGAUUGAUGCAACACUCGGACCCUCUGAAAAGACAAGUUUUCCUCUCUUACUAUUGCCGUGCCACUGCAAUCUACCAAGAUGUGUGACUGCUUUCAUCUAGUUCUUCCUAACUGGCAAGGAUCUCCAGCCAGUGGUUCUGGCAUACAGCUGAGACCAGGGGAGCCUGAGGCUGAGGCUGAUACAGAAGAAGACGAUUCUGUCAAUGAAGUGACAAUAGAAAACAUACGGCCAAGGCCACAAGGAUCCUCUCCAGUUUAUGAGUAUUCCAUAGAAGAAGAAUAUUUUAACAAAAAGCUACAAGAAGAGACAGAGAACAAAAAAUAUUCUACAGAAAAACAAAAAAUGAGUCAUUCACAGGCGUCUAUGGAGGUGACCCUGAAAACAGAAGUGGAAUCUGGUGCUAGCGGUUUUAGUGUGACUGGUGGAGGAAGUGAAGGAAUAUUUGUAAAACAAGUGCUCAAGGAAUCCCCUGCUUCGAAAAUAUUCAGUUUGAGAGAAGGUGAUCAGCUAUUAAGUACCACAAUAUUUUUUGAUAAUAUCAAAUAUGAAGAUGCACUCAAGAUUCUACAAUAUUCCGAGCCAUACAAAGUACAAUUCAGCCUCAAAAGAAAACUUGGUGGGAAAGAAGAGCUAGAAAAAAUACAUUCUACAGUACAACCCAAGAAGGAAAAAAUAACUCAGGAAAAAGAGCUUAAUGAAAAAAUUCCUGGAACAACACUGGAGAUUUCAGAAAAGAUUACUUCAGAAGAAGACAAGGAAAAGGAAAUUGUAAAAAAAAGGUUGGGAAGAACAAAACAACCCAGAAAAGAGAGAUUGUCAUGGCCCAAAUUCCAGUCAAUGAAAAAUAAAAAGAUUUUGGGGCACAGAAGAUCUCAUAGUACAUCAGAUGCAUAUGAGCAUGCUAUACAAGAUAUUUCCCCAACAAGCACUGACACUGAGUCACAAUUACAAGAAGAAGAAUUCUGUGCUAAAGAGAAAAAAGGAAGCCAAAAGAAACUGAAGUUCCCUAAUAUUGGAUUCAAAAUGCAUAGAACAAAAGCAGAAACGGAAGAGAAGCAGAGAUUAGAAAUAAAAACCGUGACACCAACAAAAAAGGAUAAAAUACGAAAAGAAGAUAUCAGCAUGGAAACUCCAGAAAUACUAACUGUACAAUAUACUAUGUCUUCUGCACAUGAAACAAAAGCAGGUGAAAUACAAGAAAAUGUCAAAAAAGACUUAAAAGACAUGGAAAAUGGCUUACCAAUCUAUACAAAGAAGUGCCCUGAAGUUGAAAUUAACAUUAAAAAACAAAAGGACCAGAUAGCAAUAUCUAAACCUACUACUACAACACCACAAAUACCACCAAUAACAACACAAAUAUCAAAACCUACAUCAGAAAUACAAACACCUGGUCUCAAAGACACACAAAGCAAACAAAUACCGCAAGCAUUACCAAGGACCAGAAAAAAGAAACAAAAAGGUUCAUCAGAACAAAAACCCACCAAAAUUCUUCUACAACGUCCUGGAGAAGGAAUAAUAAAUAAAGAAAUGAGGGAUCACCUAGAACACAGUUCUAUUCAAAUAAAAGGUCUAGAAAUAAAAACAACAACAAAAGAAACAGGAAAAAUAAAACAAGAAAAAGAGAAAAAUGAAGAAUGGGAGCAGGAUCAGAUGCAAAUAUCAGAUAUACAACAAGAAAAGUUUGGAAUUGGCAUCAAUAAGGGAAAGCAGCCAGAAAGUGAAAUCACAUUACACGAAAUGGAAACUGACAUACAAAAGAAAACACUAAAAAUGGAAGGACUGGAAAUUGAUAAGGAGGUCCCAAAAGCACCAGUGCAAAUUGAUCCUAUGACAGAAGGCUCAGGCUGGAAAAUCCAAAUGCCAUCACUCAAAAUGCCCAAAAUGCCUAAAGCAGACCUUCAAGCACCAAAGGUGGACAUCACCCUCCCAUCAGUAGACGUUUCUCUUCCAAAGGCCGAAGUGGACAUUCAAGGCCCAGAAGCAACAGCUCAAGCGGUAAAGAUAGAAGGUGAAAUAAAAGCCACAGAGAAACAUGCGAAAGGAAAAGAAAGGAAGUUCAAAAUGCCAAAAUUCGGCAUGCCUUCAUUUAGCUGGUCCACCACAAAAGAGACCAGUGGUGGCGUAGCAGAUGUUGAAGCAAGCCUCAAAGAGCCCCAGGUGACAGUGCCGUCAGCUGGGGCAGAAGGAGAGAUAACACUGUCAGGACCCGCAAUCCAGGCUCCAAGUGCUGAACUGGAAAUCGGGACUUCUGCAGGAAAAGAUGGUGAGCAGGGGAAACUUAAAAUGCCUGAUGUUAAGCUGCCAAGUGUGAAGCUUCCCAAAGUCAAGGCUCCCCAGGUACAGGUCAGUCUGCCAAAGGUAGAGGCAGAUAUUUCCCUUCCCAAAUCACAAGCCGAAAUGAAAGAGGGGGGAUUUGAAGUGAAAGUUCCCGCCAUGGAAAGCAGUAUUGAAGUUGAGACAGGGAAAGCAGAGGCAACAGGGAUGCAAAUACACAUGCCAAAAGUCAAGAUGCCUUCUACGGGAUUUUCUAAACCUGAAAUCAAAGCUCCCAAAGUAGACGUGGACGUUACUUUACCCAAAGCCGAUGUCUCACUUCCCACGUGUGAUGUCAGUCUUCAAGAAGCUGACCUGAAAGCAGCCUCCGUUCCUGCAGAUGUCAAAAUCUCAGCACCUGGAGUCAAGAUUCCCAAAAUAGAAGGUUCCUUUGAGCUGAAGGGUCCAGGAAUUGAAGCGAAAGCACCAUCAGCUGAAAUUGCGGUGGAGGGAGCAGAGGUGAAAACUGCCGGUUUGGAAGGGAAAAUUCAAAUGCCUAAAUUUGAAAAGCCAAAGUUUGGAGUUUCACUUCCAAAAGGCAAAGUGCCAGAAGGCGAGAUCAGCUUACCCAAAAUGGAAGCUGACAUUCCCAAGCCAAAAGUCAAAGGCCAAGUGGGUGCAAUCGGCGUGGAAACCCCGACGCUAGCAGUGGAAGCUGAUGUUCCUGACCUAGAGACUGAAGCUUCCGGCUGGAAAAUCCAAAUGCCAUCACUCAAAAUGCCCAAAAUGCCUAAAGCAGACCUUCAAGCACCAAAGGUGGACAUCACCCUCCCAUCAGUAGACGUUUCUCUUCCAAAGGCCGAGGUGGACAUUCAAGGCCCGGAAGCAACAGCUCAAGCGGUAAAGAUAGAAGGUGAAAUAAAAGCCACAGAGAAAGAUGCGAAAGGAAAAGAAAGGAAGUUCAAACUGCCAAAAUUCGGCAUGCCUUCAUUUGGCUGGUCCACCACAAAAGAGACCAGUGGUGGCGUAGCAGAUGUUGAAGCAAGCCUCAAAGAGCCCCAGGUGACAGUGCCGUCAGCUGGGGCAGAAGGAGAGAUAACACUGUCAGGACCCGCAAUCCAGGCUCCAAGUGCUGAACUGGAAAUCGGGACUUCUGCAGGAAAAGAUGGUGAGCAGGGGAAACUUAAAAUGCCUGAUGUUAAGCUGCCGAGUGUGAAGCUUCCCAAAGUCAAGGCUCCCCAGGUACAGGUCAGUCUGCCAAAGGUAGAGGCAGAUAUUUCCCUUCCCAAAUCACAAGCCGAAAUGAAAGAGGGGGAUUUGAAAGGGAAAGCAGAGGCAACAGGGAUGCAAAUACACAUGCCAAAAGUCAAGAUGCCUUCUACGGGAUUUUCUAAACCUGAAAUCAAAGCUCCCAAAGUAGACGUGGACGUUACUUUACCCAAAGCCGAUGUCUCACUUCCCACGUGUGAUGUCAGUCUUCAAGAAGCUGACCUGAAAGCAGCCUCCGUUCCUGCAGAUGUCAAAAUCUCAGCACCUGGAGUCAAGAUUCCCAAAAUAGAAGGUUCCUUUGAGCUGAAGGGUCCAGGAAUUGAAGCGAAGGCACCAUCAGCUGAAAUUGCGGUGGAGGGAGCAGAGGUGAAAACUGCCGGUUUGGAAGGGAAAAUUCAAAUGCCUAAAUUUGAAAAGCCAAAGUUUGGAGUUUCACUUCCAAAAGGCAAAGUGCCAGAAGGCGAGAUCAGCUUACCCAAAAUGGAAGCUGACAUUCCCAAGCCAAAAGUCAAAGGCCAAGUGGGUGCAAUCGGCGUGGAAACCCCGACGCUAGCAGUGGAAGCUGAUGUUCCUGACCUAGAGACUGAAGCUUCCGGCUGGAAAAUCCAAAUGCCAUCACUCAAAAUGCCCAAAAUGCCUAAAGCAGACCUUCAAGCACCAAAGGUGGACAUCACCCUCCCAUCAGUAGACAUUUCUCUUCCAAAGGCCGAGGUGGACAUUCAAGGCCCGGAAGCAACAGCUCAAGCGGUAAAGAUAGAAGGUGAAAUAAAAGCCACAGAGAAAGAUGCGAAAGGAAAAGAAAGGAAGUUCAAACUGCCAAAAUUCGGCAUGCCUUCAUUUGGCUGGUCCACCACAAAAGAGACCAGUGGUGGCGUAGCAGAUGUUGAAGCAAGCCUCAAAGAGCCCCAGGUGACAGUGCCGUCAGCUGGGGCAGAAGGAGAGAUAACACUGUCAGGACCCGCAAUCCAGGCUCCAAGUGCUGAACUGGAAAUCGGGACUUCUGCAGGAAAAGAUGGUGAGCAGGGGAAACUUAAAAUGCCUGAUGUUAAGCUGCCGAGUGUGAAGCUUCCCAAAGUCAAGGCUCCCCAGGUACAGGUCAGUCUGCCAAAGGUAGAGGCAGAUAUUUCCCUUCCCAAAUCACAAGCCGAAAUGAAAGAGGGGGAUUUGAAUCUUCAAGAAGCUGACCUGAAAGCAGCCUCCGUUCCUGCAGAUGUCAAAAUCUCAGCACCUGGAGUCAAGAUUCCCAAAAUAGAAGGUUCCUUUGAGCUGAAGGGUCCAGGAAUUGAAGCGAAGGCACCAUCAGCUGAAAUUGCGGUGGAGGGAGCAGAGGUGAAAACUGCCGAAGGGAAGCCCAGCUACCCAAACCAGAAAGCGGACACCCCAACCCAAAAAAAAAAAGCCCAAGGGGGGGCCAGCCGCGUGGAAACCCCGACGCUAGCAGUGGAAGCUGAUGUUCCUGACCUAGAGACUGAAGCUUCCGGCUGGAAAAUCCAAAUGCCAUCACUCAAAAUGCCCAAAAUGCCUAAAGCAGACCUUCAAGCACCAAAGGUGGACAUCACCCUCCCAUCAGUAGACGUUUCUCUUCCAAAGGCCGAGGUGGACAUUCAAGGCCCAGAAGCAACAGCUCAAGCGGUAAAGAUAGAAGGUGAAAUAAAAGCCACAGAGAAAGAUGCGAAAGGAAAAGAAAGUAAGUUCAAACUGCCAAAAUUCGGCAUGCCUUCAUUUGGCUGGUCCACCACAAAAGAGACCAGUGGUGGCGUAGCAGAUGUUGAAGCAAGCCUCAAAGAGCCCCAGGUGACAGUGCCGUCAGCUGGGGCAGAAGGAGAGAUAACACUGUCAGGACCCGCAAUCCAGGCUCCAAGUGCUGAACUGGAAAUCGGGACUUCUGCAGGAAAAGAUGGUGAGAAGGGGAAACUUAAAAUGCCUGAUGUUAAGCCCGAGUGUGAAGCUUCCCAAAGUCAAGGCUCCCCAGGUACAGGUCAGUCUGCCAAAGGUAGAGGCAGAUAUUUCCCUUCCCAAAUCACAAGCCGAAAUGAAAGAGGGGGAUUUGAAGUGAAAGUUCCCGCCAUGGAAAGCAGUAUUGAAGUUGAGACAGGGAAAGCAGAGGCAACAGGGAUGCAAAUACACAUGCCAAAAGUCAAGAUGCCUUCUACGGGAUUUUCUAAACCUGAAAUCAAAGCUCCCAAAGUAGACGUGGACGUUACUUUACCCAAAGCCGAUGUCUCACUUCCCACGUGUGAUGUCAGUCUUCAAGAAGCUGACCUGAAAGCAGCCUCCGUUCCUGCAGAUGUCAAAAUCUCAGCACCUGGAGUCAAGAUUCCCAAAAUAGAAGGUUCCUUUGAGCUGAAGGGUCCAGGAAUUGAAGCGAAGGCACCAUCAGCUGAAAUUGCGGUGGAGGGAGCAGAGGUGAAAACUGCCGGUUUGGAAGGGAAAAUUCAAAUGCCUAAAUUUGAAAAGCCAAAGUUUGGAGUUUCACUUCCAAAAGGCAAAGUGCCAGAAGGCGAGAUCAGCUUACCCAAAAUGGAAGCUGACAUUCCCAAGCCAAAAGUCAAAGGCCAAGUGGGUGCAAUCGGCGUGGAAACCCCGACGCUAGCAGUGGAAGCUGAUGUUCCUGACCUAGAGACUGAAGCUUCCGGCUGGAAAAUCCAAAUGCCAUCACUCAAAAUGCCCAAAAUGCCUAAAGCAGACCUUCAAGCACCAAAGGUGGACAUCACCCUCCCAUCAGUAGACGUUUCUCUUCCAAAGGCCGAGGUGGACAUUCAAGGCCCAGAAGCAACAGCUCAAGCGGUAAAGAUAGAAGGUGAAAUAAAAGCCACAGAGAAAGAUGCGAAAGGAAAAGAAAGUAAGUUCAAACUGCCAAAAUUCGGCAUGCCUUCAUUUGGCUGGUCCACCACAAAAGAGACCAGUGGUGGCGUAGCAGAUGUUGAAGCAAGCCUCAAAGAGCCCCAGGUGACAGUGCCGUCAGCUGGGGCAGAAGGAGAGAUAACACUGUCAGGACCCGCAAUCCAGGCUCCAAGUGCUGAACUGGAAAUCGGGACUUCUGCAGGAAAAGAUGGUGAGAAGGGGAAACUUAAAAUGCCUGAUGUUAAGCUGCCGAGUGUGAAGCUUCCCAAAGUCAAGGCUCCCCAGGUACAGGUCAGUCUGCCAAAGGUAGAGGCAGAUAUUUCCCUUCCCAAAUCACAAGCCGAAAUGAAAGAGGGGGGAUUUGAAGUGAAAGUUCCCGCCAUGGAAAGCAGUAUUGAAGUUGAGACAGGGAAAGCAGAGGCAACAGGGAUGCAAAUACACAUGCCAAAAGUCAAGAUGCCUUCUACGGGAUUUUCUAAACCUGAAAUCAAAGCUCCCAAAGUAGACGUGGACGUUACUUUACCCAAAGCCGAUGUCUCACUUCCCACGUGUGAUGUCAGUCUUCAAGAAGCUGACCUGAAAGCAGCCUCCGUUCCUGCAGAUGUCAAAAUCUCAGCACCUGGAGUCAAGAUUCCCAAAAUAGAAGGUUCCUUUGAGCUGAAGGGUCCAGGAAUUGAAGCGAAGGCACCAUCAGCUGAAAUUGCGGUGGAGGGAGCAGAGGUGAAAACUGCCGGUUUGGAAGGGAAAAUUCAAAUGCCUAAAUUUGAAAAGCCAAAGUUUGGAGUUUCACUUCCAAAAGGCAAAGUGCCAGAAGGCGAGAUCAGCUUACCCAAAAUGGAAGCUGACAUUCCCAAGCCAAAAGUCAAAGGCCAAGUGGGUGCAAUCGGCGUGGAAACCCCGACGCUAGCAGUGGAAGCUGAUGUUCCUGACCUAGAGACUGAAGCUUCCGGCUGGAAAAUCCAAAUGCCAUCACUCAAAAUGCCCAAAAUGCCUAAAGCAGACCUUCAAGCACCAAAGGUGGACAUCACCCUCCCAUCAGUAGACGUUUCUCUUCCAAAGGCCGAGGUGGACAUUCAAGGCCCAGAAGCAACAGCUCAAGCGGUAAAGAUAGAAGGUGAAAUAAAAGCCACAGAGAAAGAUGCGAAAGGAAAAGAAAGUAAGUUCAAACUGCCAAAAUUCGGCAUGCCUUCAUUUGGCUGGUCCACCACAAAAGAGACCAGUGGUGGCGUAGCAGAUGUUGAAGCAAGCCUCAAAGAGCCCCAGGUGACAGUGCCGUCAGCUGGGGCAGAAGGAGAGAUAACACUGUCAGGACCCGCAAUCCAGGCUCCAAGUGCUGAACUGGAAAUCGGGACUUCUGCAGGAAAAGAUGGUGAGAAGGGGAAACUUAAAAUGCCUGAUGUUAAGCUGCCGAGUGUGAAGCUUCCCAAAGUCAAGGCUCCCCAGGUACAGGUCAGUCUGCCAAAGGUAGAGGCAGAUAUUUCCCUUCCCAAAUCACAAGCCGAAAUGAAAGAGGGGGAUUUGAAAGGGAAAGCAGAGGCAACAGGGAUGCAAAUACACAUGCCAAAAGUCAAGAUGCCUUCUACGGGAUUUUCUAAACCUGAAAUCAAAGCUCCCAAAGUAGACGUGGACGUUACUUUACCCAAAGCCGAUGUCUCACUUCCCACGUGUGAUGUCAGUCUUCAAGAAGCUGACCUGAAAGCAGCCUCCGUUCCUGCAGAUGUCAAAAUCUCAGCACCUGGAGUCAAGAUUCCCAAAAUAGAAGGUUCCUUUGAGCUGAAGGGUCCAGGAAUUGAAGCGAAGGCACCAUCAGCUGAAAUUGCGGUGGAGGGAGCAGAGGUGAAAACUGCCGGUUUGGAAGGGAAAAUUCAAAUGCCUAAAUUUGAAAAGCCAAAGUUUGGAGUUUCACUUCCAAAAGGCAAAGUGCCAGAAGGCGAGAUCAGCUUACCCAAAAUGGAAGCUGACAUUCCCAAGCCAAAAGUCAAAGGCCAAGUGGGUGCAAUCGGCGUGGAAACCCCGACGCUAGCAGUGGAAGCUGAUGUUCCUGACCUAGAGACUGAAGCUUCCGGCUGGAAAAUCCAAAUGCCAUCACUCAAAAUGCCCAAAAUGCCUAAAGCAGACCUUCAAGCACCAAAGGUGGACAUCACCCUCCCAUCAGUAGACGUUUCUCUUCCAAAGGCCGAGGUGGACAUUCAAGGCCCAGAAGCAACAGCUCAAGCGGUAAAGAUAGAAGGUGAAAUAAAAGCCACAGAGAAAGAUGCGAAAGGAAAAGAAAGUAAGUUCAAACUGCCAAAAUUCGGCAUGCCUUCAUUUGGCUGGUCCACCACAAAAGAGACCAGUGGUGGCGUAGCAGAUGUUGAAGCAAGCCUCAAAGAGCCCCAGGUGACAGUGCCGUCAGCUGGGGCAGAAGGAGAGAUAACACUGUCAGGACCCGCAAUCCAGGCUCCAAGUGCUGAACUGGAAAUCGGGACUUCUGCAGGAAAAGAUGGUGAGAAGGGGAAACUUAAAAUGCCUGAUGUUAAGCUGCCGAGUGUGAAGCUUCCCAAAGUCAAGGCUCCCCAGGUACAGGUCAGUCUGCCAAAGGUAGAGGCAGAUAUUUCCCUUCCCAAAUCACAAGCCGAAAUGAAAGAGGGUAUUGAAGUUGAGACAGGGAAAGCAGAGGCAACAGGGAUGCAAAUACACAUGCCAAAAGUCAAGAUGCCUUCUACGGGAUUUUCUAAACCUGAAAUCAAAGCUCCCAAAGUAGACGUGGACGUUACUUUACCCAAAGCCGAUGUCUCACUUCCCACGUGUGAUGUCAGUCUUCAAGAAGCUGACCUGAAAGCAGCCUCCGUUCCUGCAGAUGUCAAAAUCUCAGCACCUGGAGUCAAGAUUCCCAAAAUAGAAGGUUCCUUUGAGCUGAAGGGUCCAGGAAUUGAAGCGAAGGCACCAUCAGCUGAAAUUGCGGUGGAGGGAGCAGAGGUGAAAACUGCCGGUUUGGAAGGGAAAAUUCAAAUGCCUAAAUUUGAAAAGCCAAAGUUUGGAGUUUCACUUCCAAAAGGCAAAGUGCCAGAAGGCGAGAUCAGCUUACCCAAAAUGGAAGCUGACAUUCCCAAGCCAAAAGUCAAAGGCCAAGUGGGUGCAAUCGGCGUGGAAACCCCGACGCUAGCAGUGGAAGCUGAUGUUCCUGACCUAGAGACUGAAGCUUCCGGCUGGAAAAUCCAAAUGCCAUCACUCAAAAUGCCCAAAAUGCCUAAAGCAGACCUUCAAGCACCAAAGGUGGACAUCACCCUCCCAUCAGUAGACGUUUCUCUUCCAAAGGUCGAGGUGGACAUUCAAGGCCCAGAAGCAACAGCUCAAGCGGUAAAGAUAGAAGGUGAAAUAAAAGCCACAGAUAAAGAUGCUAAGGGAAAAGAAAGUAAGUUCAAAAUGCCAAAAUUCGGCAUGCCUUCAUUUGGCUGGUCCACCACAAAAGAGACCAGUGGUGGCAUAGCAGAUGUUGAAUCAAGCCUCAAGGAGCCCCAGGUGACAGUGCCGUCAGCUGGGGCAGAAGGAGAGAUAACACAGUCAGGACCUGUAAUCCAGGCUCCAAGUGUUGGACUUGAAAUUCCAAGUAGUUCUGGAAAAGAUAGUGUUAAGGGGACAUCUAAAAUGCCUCAUUUUAAAAUUCCAAAGGUUUCAAUUUCUAAGAUACCGAAAUCUGAAAUUAGUGAUCCCAAGUUGCAGGCUGAUGUUUUUGACCCUAUAACUGAAGCUAAUGUAAUAGCUGAAGGAAUACCAUUGAGGUUUUCAGGCCCUGAGAGUAGCGUGGACCUUCCUGAGUGUGGAGAAGAUGUAAGGGUCAAAAGUGUUAAUUUACCAAAAUUUUGGAUUCCUGAUUUGGGUUUUUCCAAAGUUGAUAUCAGUGCCCGUAUAGCUGACCAGGAUCCAAACUUACUGAAAGAUGAUGUCACUCUUACUAAGUAUCACAUGAGUAUUCAAGAACCCAAAGUGAUAUCUGGGUCUUCUGUUGGUGAUGUAAGCAUUCCAGAGACAGAUAUUAAAGUUGCAGUGACAGAAAGUUCCACUGAGCUGAAGAGUCCAGAAAUAGUUGCUAAAAUACCAUCUGUUGACGUUGCUAUAGAUAGACGAGAAGUGAAGCUUGACGGUUUCGAAGGGAAGACUAAAAUGCCUAAAUUCCAAAAGAUGAAGUUUGGAAUUUCACUGCCUAAGGGAAAAAUUCCAGAGACUGAGAUCAGCCCACCCCAAAUGGAAGCUGACAUUUCCAAACCAAAAGAGAUAGCUGAGGUUACUGAGAUUGCUAUUGAAACUUCAUCUUUUGAUGUUAAAUGUGAAGUCUCUGAUGCAAGAACAGAAGUGUCAGGCUUAAAAAUGCAACUGCCAUCGCUCAAAAUGCCUCAAAUACCUAAAGCUGAUGGAGCACCAAAGGUGGACAUCAGCCUCCCAUCCGUUGAUGUUACCAUGCCAACAACAAAAGUAGACAUUCGAGGCCCAGAUUUAGAAAGUAAAGUGGUAAAGACUGAGAGUGAAAUAAAAUCUGGAGAAAAAGACAUGGAAGGGAAAGAAAGCAAGUUCAAAAUGCCAAAAUUCAAACUCCCAUCAUUUCGUUGGUCACCAAAGAAAGAAGCAGUUGUUACAUGUGAUACUGAAGCAAUCCUUGAGGAGCCUACUUUGGCCUCUUCUUUAGGAGAAACAGAAGCUGAAUUAACAUUAACUGUAGCUGAGGUUUGGUGCCCAAGUGUGGAUCUCGAAAGUGAUAUGCCUAUAGGUGAGAAGGAGAAAAUUAAAAAGCCUCAGUUCAGCAUGCCAAAGAUAUCACUUCCUAAAAUGAAGGGUCACAAAGCACAGGUCUCUCUGCCAAAAUUGGAAAGUGAUGUUAGUGGUCCUAAACCAGAAAAUGAAGGAGAUGUUUCAGUGCAGAUAUCAGAGAAAGGAAGCGGUGGAGAUGGAGAGGUUAAUAUCUCUACUUCAGAAUUUUCAAAACCAGAAAUCAAAGCUCCCAAAACGGAUGUGGAUGUUAGCUUACCUACGGUUGAUGUCAAGCUUCCUACAUAUGAUGUGACUAUUCAACAAGCUGACUUGAAACUGACGUCUGCUGGUGCUGAUGUCAGCCUGUCAGCCCCAGAUAUUAAGAUUCCAACCUCAGAAGGGUCCAUAGAGUUGCAAAGUCCAGAAACAGGAGUUGAAGGAAUAUCAGCUGGAAUUGUUGUGGAUGGAGCAGAGCUGAAAGCUGAAGGUCUUGAAGGGAAGAUUAAAGUGCCCAAAUUCCAAAAGCCAAAGUUUGGAAUUUCACGUCGUAAAGGGAAAGUGCCAGAGAGUGAGAUCAGCUUACCCAAAAUGGAAGCUGAUAUUCCCCAGCUAAAAGUGAUGACAGAUAUUAUUGACGUUGCUGUGGAAGCACCAACAGUAGAAGUUGAAUCUGCCAUCCCUAAUGCAGAAACAGAAUCUUCAGGCUGGAAAAUCAAAAUGCCCAAAAUACCUGAAGCUGAUAUCAAGACACCCAAAGUUGACAUUAACCUCCAAUCCAAUGUUUCUGUUCCAAUGGCAGAGAUUGGUAUUCAAGAUUCAAAUAUGGCAUCUAAAGCAACAAUAGUUGAGGGAGAAAUAAAACCUGGAGAUACAGAUAUGGAAGGGAAAGAAGGACAUUUCAAGUUGCCAAAAUUCAAAUUGCCAUCAUUUAGUUGGUCACCAAAAAAAGAAGCAAGCAUUAAAGCCGAUUUUGAAGAACUUCUGGAAGAGCCUAAAAUUACUGUAUCAUCAGGCAAAACAGACACAAAACUAGCAGAAACUGUAACUGAGGAUCAAGGUCCAAGCAUGGAUCUUGCUCUUGAAAUAUCUACAGGAAAAAAAGAACAAAAAAGCCAAAUUAAAAAGCCUCAAUUUAUCAUACCUAAAAUUUCAUUCUCCAAAAUUAAGGUUCCUAAAUCUCAGGUGAAUCUGCCAAAAGUGGAAGCUGAUGUUACUGUUCCUAAACCAGAAAGAGAUGGAGAAGACUUAGUGCAGAUACCUGAUAUAGAAAGCAGUCAUACCAAAAGCAUAGAAGAGGGAGCACAAAUAAGCAUAAAAAUGCCAAAAGUUCAGAUUCCUACUUUGGAAUUUUCCAAACCAGAAAUCAAAGUUCCCAAAUCAGACAUGGACAUUAGCCUACCUAAGGUUGAUGCCACCUUUCCUACAGAUGAUGUGAGUCUUCAACAAGCUGACCUCAAAUCAGGGUCUGCUGGUGAUGAUGUCAGCUUGUCCACGGGUAUUAAAUUUCCCACAGCAGAAGCUUCCAUUGAGCUGAAGAGUCCAGAAACAGGAAUCGAAGGACCAUUGGUGGUAGAUGGAGCAGAAGUGAAAGUUGAAGGUCUUGAGGGGAAGAUGACAAUGCCUAAAUUCCAAAAGCCAAAGUUUGGAAUUUCACUUCCAAAAGGAAAAAGACCAGAAAGUGAGAUCAGCUUACCCAAAAUGGAAGCUGGAGUUCCCCAGCUUACAAUGACAACAGAUAUUGCUGACAUUGCUGUGGAAGCUCCAAUACUAGAAGUUAAAUCUGAUGUCUCUGAUGCAGAAAUAGAGGUUUCAACUGGGAAAAUGAAAAUGCCUCAAGUUUCUAUCACUGACAUUAAAGCUCCAGAGAUGGAUGUUAGUCUCCCAUCCAUUUCUCUUUCAACCACAGAGGUGGCCUUUCAAAGCCCUGAGGUGGAGGAUAUGAAAGUGCAAGGAGAACAUGAAAUGAAGUCUGGAGAAAUUCAGACUGAAGAACAUCAGAGCUGGUUUAAAAUGCCAAAAUUUAGAAUGCCAAUAUUUGGUCGGUCAUCUUCUAAGGGAAAAAGAGAUGACAUUGAUAGUGAAGGGAGCCUGGAAAAGCCACAAGUAAGUGCUCCUUCUGCUGAAAUGCAAACUGAAAUAGAAGCUCCUGAAUAUGCAACAUCAUUGCCACAUGUGGACACUGAAUCUGCUGCUGGAAAGGAUGUUUUGGAAGGUAAAAUCAAAUCUGCUAAAGCAGAGAUUCCAAAAGUGGGAGUUUCUCUCCACAAAGGUAAAAGUUCUGAUGUUACUUCACCAAAGUUUGAAGCAGAAGUUUCACUACCUCCAGAAAAAGCAGUCAUUAAAGUGAGCAUUCCUGAAAUGGAAACUUAUGCUGAUGUAGUUAAACGCGGUGCUGAAGGACAACAAUUGAAAACACAUACUCCAAAAAUCAUGAUACCUAAGGUAGAACUCUCUACAUCAGAAAUUAGUGCUUCAAAAACUGGGGUGGACAUCAGCUUACCAAAAGCUGACAUUACACACCCUACAUGUGAUCUGACCCUUCAAGAACAAAAAGCCAAAUCAGAGUGUGCAGAGGUUCCAACAGCAGAACAUUCCAUUGAGCUGAAGAGUCCAGAAAUAGGCGCCAAAGCACCAUCUGUUGAAAUUGCUUUGGAUGGAACACAGAAGAAAUUAGAUGUCCUCCCAAAAGUAGAGCUGGACAUUCUACACGCAGGUGAAGGAGUUAAAACUGAAAAGCUAGGGGGUGUGAUAAAAUCUACAGGAAAGGAUGUUCAAGGAAGAGAAAGUAAAUUAAAAAUGCCAAAAUUCAGUGUACCCUCAUUUGGAUGGCCUGCCACAAAGGGAACAGGAAAUGUUGCUGAUGUUAAAACCAACCUUGAAGAGACCAAGAUAGGUGCUCCGGGAAUUAAAAUGGAUACUGAAAUAAGUGUUGUAGACCAUGAAAUAGAAUUUCCAGCUGAAAGUGUUGAAAAGGCUAUUUCUGCAGGAGUCAGGGUGAAAGCAGAAGAUGGAGAUGAAGCAAGCAAAAUAAAAACAUCUAAAUUUAAGAUGCCAAAGUUUGGAGUGUUACAUUCAAAAGCAAAGGGUUCUGAAGUUGAUGUCUUUCUCCCAAAGUUAGAGGCUGAUGUUUCACUGCCUAAAACUGAACUAGGCAUAGUGGAAAUCCAGUUUAAAAAAGCAGAUGGCUCCAUUGACCUGCAAAGUCCAAGUUCAGACGUUAUGGAAUCAUCAACCAGGAUUUCAGAGGACAAGGCAGACAAACAAACUGAAAGUGUAGAGGUAAAUAUUAAAAUUCCCAAGUUAAAAAUACCAGCCUUCACUUACAAUGCACCCACAGCUGAAACUGACGUUUCAACAUCAAAAGUGGCAACAGACUUGAAAGGUGCUGGUACUGACAUUGAAGCACCAAAACUGGAAGUAAGCACUAAGAUCCCUAAAGAAAGACCAGAACUUGCGGGUGGUAAUAUCCGAAGGCCAUCAGUCAAAAUUCCAACAUUGGCUGAACGUGACAUUAAAACCUCACAGGAAUAUGUUAAGCUCCCAUCCACAGACUCUUCGGUUUCAAAAGCAGCACUACAAAUUCAGGGACCACUUGCAGAGGGUAAAGAAAUAAAGACACAAGGUGAAGUUGAAUCUGGACAUGUUGAUAUCGAAACACAUGAGACUUACUCCUCUCAGAUAGUGAAAGAAUCUGAGAUUCCUUCAUCAGAAAUUAAAACUGCUAGUUUUGGAUUUUCACUUCUCAAAGUGAAGAUACCUGAGUCACAUGUUAAACUAGACAUGCCAGUCAAACUGCAGUCUUAUUCAGAAUAUAAACAUGAGGUGUCUGAGAGUGAAGUUCACCAACCUAAACUUUCUGAUGAAAAUUUAGGGAUAGCAAUACAAAAGAGUGACACUGCUGAGUUUAAAUUAUCUGGCAAACCACAAAGUGAAACUGAUGAAUCUAAUGAUGUCGUAUCUUCCAGUGUCAGUUUGCCAAAACUGAAAACAUUUACAGUUGAAGUACAGCCUUCCAGUAAACUUGGAGACACUCAAUCUGAUAAGCAACCAGAGGAAAUAGCUGUAUCUCCUCUCUCUAAAGAUGGUGAAAUAGCUAAAAUACCAGAAAAUAAAGAAAAAGAUAUGAAGGAUCAAAAAGAAAAAACUGACAGUAAAAGAUCUUCUGGCAGAUUCAAAUUUUGGCUUCCAAGUAUUGGGUUUUCUUCCUCCAUUGAUGACACAGGCUCAGAUUCCAAACCUGAAGUCCAAAAAUCAAUUCCAGAAGAAACCCAACCUGUUGACUCUUCUGCAUCAGAUACUGACUCUUCUAAACAAACUGAAAAAACUGGAUGGUUUAGAUUUCCCAAAUUAGGCUUUUCAUCCCCUUCAAAAAAGGCUAAGAACAUUGACAAAGAAGAAGAGACAAAUCUAAAAGAAAUGAAAACUUCAGAUGAUGAAAGUCCAUCAGAGAAACCUGAAACAUUUUUUGAUGCAGAAGAAAAUUUAUCACCUAAAGAAGAAACAAUUAAGGGUGAAGAAAAUGAAAACACAGGGACCUCAUCUAAUGUUCACGUUUCUGGUGCUAUAGUGACAUCAUCAGCAAGAACUGAAUUAAUCUUGUUGGACAGGGAAAGAGCUAGCCAGCAAAGUAUUCUUGAAAAGACCACCAAAUGAGUAUUUUUUUCUGAUCUAUACAUAUAUGGAAAAUCUGAAUGUAGAACAAACUAAGAGAAAAACAUAUGCCGAAAAAUGCUGUCUUCCCAGAGAGUUUUCCAGAAGAAAUGAAAGUGGAACAGAACUUAAAACUGACAUUGAUGAAAACAGUCUGUGGAUCAUUCCUCACCACACUGGCAUUUGCAAACACAUGAACAUACUGUAAGUCCCAAUGAAACAUUUGUUUCAUGAGAUGUACCCAAGAAGAAACACACAACUACUGAGGAAAAGGAGGCAUUCACACUUUUAUCAAAGUCUGAUAAAAUUCUCCUAACCAUGCAAAAUAAAGUGUUGAAUGGAGCAAAGAUAGUGAAAAGAUUUUAUUAAAUAUAAUUCUCUAUAACAUGCCGGUUGUGUUUAGGUUAUAGAUUAUUUGCAAAAAUGAAUAUAAAGCUAGUGCUAUGAGGACUAGAAAUAUACAUAACUGUUUAGAUUUUAUUUUAUUAAAUAUAUUUCUGCCUUGAUGUUGCUUUCUUAUAAAAAUAUAUUUUCUUUAUCUUAGAUAGAGCAAUAUUUAUAUUCCAUGAUCAUUUUAAAAUGUAGAACAAACAGAAAUAAUACUGUAGAUAUGACAAUUCUUCCCCCCCCCUCCACCCCCCAGUUAGUAGCGUGGAUAAUAUUUAGCCUUAAAAAAAAUAAAAACUUCAGGAAAUGCUCCAGAUUCCUGAAAAAUAUAUACUGCUGAUUCACAUAUUCAAAAUACAAAAAUAAAAUAUGGCAACUGAGAGGAAGAAUAAAAAAAAUUGGGGUAAGAAAGUUCACUAUGUAUAUAUUUAUCAGAAUAGUUAAUGCAUAGAAUGGGGCGCAUAUGUGAGUGAAAUCACUGGAAAGGUUUUUCCAGAGAAAUAAGAUGUAAAUAGUUAGUUAUUUACCUUUUGUUUAUAUCAGUGCUUCUCUUAAGUACAUGACCAAAAAGGUAAUACCAUAUAUGUUAGCCAUCACUGUACAUGUAUUACUAGAAUGUUGAAUGUAUUCUCACUUCACAGUACAGUCACUGUAUUGAUAAUAAAUGCAACAACAUUA